AUGCUUUUACCUUUUGUCGGAGGAUUUAUCUUCCUCACUCUCUGGGGAUCAUUCUUCCAAGUGCCAGGAAACAAUGAUCUUAGCGGGAGGUUCGCGAGGACCAUAUCCGACGCCGUGGGCGCAACGGCUUUGGCCAAGGGGAUCUACGACCUGGCGGAGGCCAUAACCUCCACGUACACGGCUCCUGGGCACAAGGAGUUCCUGUACAUCCGCACGACUGGUUUACCAAGUCCUGCGGCCCAUGUAGGUUUCCCGAACGCCACCGGCACGCGGAAGUCGACAAUCAGCGUGGCUAUCCCGCUGUGGGAGGAGGCCGACGUGUUGCAGAUCUGCGUGGACUCCGGUCCCGUGGACCGCGACACGGCGGCAUCAAACUCGCCCGCGUCGUCUUCUCGUGCCGGUCUGGUCGUUGUAUGGGGCUUAUUGGCUUUCAUUGCGCUCCUUUGGAAGGGACUUGUCUCUUUUGGUGUUUCCGCACUGGGAGAUAAACUCGGUUGGCUCGGCCAAUUUCUCGAGGGUACACCCAAGGUAGCCCACUACCUUGCGGCCGACAGUGCUCCAUCUCUGUACGAAGAGGUGGACGCUCUGGUCGAAGGCAAAAUGCUCUCGGGGGUUGCCGUGUCCAGCUCUGAUGUUGACGCUCUCACCAGAUCCGCCAUUGCGGCCCCGUUGGAAGAGCAACAGACGUGGGGAUUCGUGAGUAUCCACCCUGAGGUGGAGAAAGCGAUCUCUCGUUUGGAGCGCCAGCGGAUCGUCGCAGUGUCCCUGGAACUGGAUUCCUGCACCGUCAAAGAGCCGAAGGUCAAUCCCAACGGCGUCGUCGAUGGACCCACGGACACCGCUCAAGGCACGUCCGAUGUAGUCGGUUCGUCUGCUCUCCACCCGUCCCGGAAGUGGGCCCUCGUGCUCCGCCGUCCGGAGAACCUGUCACCAAUUUUGGUGCUCCAAGUCGUGUGUGCUUUGCUCGCCGGUUGGGAGAGCCAUACCGCUUCGGCGGUCCCUGACUCUCCAGGUUCACAGGUGGCCGAAGAGCCAGAGGCCGACGCAGAAGGCGCGCCUACCUCUGGCAGUCGGAGACGCAAGCGACCCAGCCAGGCCAAGAGGAAGCGCUACGCAAGGAGACUCAGGGAACGGGAAGAAGGCCUGAACGGGGCGGCGGAUGAAGCGCCCUCCCCGUCAGCUCGUCCAACCGCUUGUGACCCUCCAGCGCCUACUCAAAGCCAGGCGUCUCUUAUUGUAGGCAACAGGAUCCCGUCGCAAGACGCGAGGCACGGGCAAUUUGGCGGUCCUCGCCCGGCUCCCACACCUGUUAUGGGUGUGUAUCCGUCGCUGUACGGCUGGCAGCAACCCAUGUACAGCCAACCGCCUCCUUACUACUAUUACGGCUAG